AUGGCGUCGCGAUUCUCGGCUGCGAGGCCCAACCGGGCUGGCGAGAACUUUGCUCGCACCCAUCACAACGACGACGACGAUGGCGAGUCCGACAGCAAGCGAGUCAAGUUUGACGUGCGAAACCCAUCGACGCUUGCCCCCGACGCCCGCGAAGAGGAUUCAGUCUUGGAUGCAGACGUCAUAGGCGGCAGUGGCGCCACCAAACGCGGUGCCGUCAAUCUCGAUGGCUACGACAGCGACUCGGACAACGAGACGUUCAAUGCAAAGGCCGCCACCCGCAAGGAAGGCAAGAAACCCGAUGCCAGUACCGACGACAAAGAUGAUGAUGAUGAAGACGACAUGUUUGCUGCGAAUGUCGAUGAUGAAUCCACGCAGAACGAAACCAGCUUUGGCGACUUUGACAAAGCUGGGCGAAAGAACAAAAACGUCCACUUUCUCGACGCUUCCCAAAUCCAGGGGCAAGAGAGCGAGAGCAGAAGCGGCGGGCGUGUCGAGCUGUAUGACCGGGAAAGCAGCGACGAUGAGUCCGACAAGGAGCUCGCCAUCCAAGAAGAAGGGGUGGAUGAGGAGGUCGGGGCUGGGGGCCUGAAGCGCAACGCUCCCCGUGUCGAGGCCUUUAACCUGCGCGAGGAGAUGGAGGAAGGCCGGUUCGAUCAGGAUGGCACCUACGUUCGCAAGGCCGAAGACCCCGACGCCGCCCACGACAAGUGGCUCGAGGGCCUGAGCAAGAAGGACAUGAGAAAAGCAGCCGAGGCCCAUGAGAGGCGCGAGGAGGAAGCUCGCAAACAACGCAUCCAGGAAGACGGCCUCUUGGUUUCGGACUUGCUCAAGGCGCUGAUUAUCGAGUUAGAAAAGGCAGAAACGCCCCUCGAGGCCUUGGCACGACUGGCCAAGCACCAGACAAAGCCCAAGAAGGUGCCCAAGUGGAAGCUGAACAAGAAGAACAAGGGCGCCGACGGCAUGCACGUGGACUCGGGAGUCGCCGAAGACCCGGCGCAAACCCGCAUCAAAGAGUCCAUCAAUGCCAUCACGGACGCGGCCGACAAGCUGCUCAGCCGAGACUACGAGGAAGUCUACGACCAGGAAAGAGAGUUGCUAAUCCGAGAGUACGCGCGGCAGACUGGCCAGGACUGGGUCGAGCCCAAGCCUGCAGCCGAGGGCGGAGAGACAUCGUCUGCGGUGUGGGAGUUUCGGUGGACGGAUGGGCGAGAUGGCGGGACCACGCAGGGUCCCUUUGACGGCGCCACCAUGAAGGCAUGGGAAGAGGCCGGGUACUUCGAACAGGGCGUCGAAUUUCGGCGUGCUGACGGGGGUGCCGACUGGACGCAGACGGCCACCUUUGCGUGA